CUGCUGCUGAGCUUUGAAAGUUUGGAAAAUUUUGCUUAAAUGGAGGAACCUGCUUCUAAUGAGGCUCAAAUGCAUGGGAAUGAUGAUUCUAUACCUUGUAGUGAUGAUGUUGUACCUCCUACAGCAGCAUCACAAAAUACAACACCAUCACCAUCACCAUUAGAACCUAGUACCGGGAAAAGGAAACCUUGUAAGAAGGAGAGUGAUGUGUGUGAACAUUUUGAAAAGUAUGAUUUGGUAUUGGAUUUGAAAGGGGUAGAUGGGAGUAAAAGAAAAAAAGUUGAAAAAAGGGCUAAGUGCAAGUAUUGUAGUGCUACUUACGCUAGUGAUACCAAGAAAAAUGGGACUAGCAACAUGUGGAAGCAUCUAAACAAACAAUGCUUGCAAUAUCCUUAUAGGCACAAGGAUAAGAACACACGACGCUCGCAUUUGAUGCAUCCAAGGGUAAUGCUCUUGUUUCUAGGAAUUUUAACAAAGAUGAUUGUUUGGAUGCUUGUAUUAGGAUGGUGGUUCGAGAUGAGCUACCUUUUAGGUUUGUGGAGGGUGAAGGGUUUAGGGAAUUUUGUAGUGUUGCAUGCCCACAAUUUAAUCUACCCUCUCGUAGAACUCUUGGAAGAAGAUUUCUAG